UAUGCCACUACUUUCCCCGAACAAGAAGAAUUAGUAGGAGAAUGGAAUGACAAGCUCACAGAUUUUCAAAAAAUUUGCGUUGUGCGUUCUCUACGGCCAGAUCGCAUUUCGUUUUGUAUGACCCAGUUUAUAAUUAGUAAACUUGGACCUCGUUACGUUGAACCUCCAGUUCUAGAUCUAAAAGCUGCUUUCGAGGAAUCAGUUUCUGAAACACCUCUGAUCUUCGUGCUUUCGCCAGGUGUCGAUCCUGCACAAUCCCUUAUUACGCUUUCGGAAACUAUGAAAAUGUCUCAGCGUAUGUACUCUCUUAGUCUAGGGCAAGGACAAGCUCCAGUAGCAACAAAGCUUAUAAUGAAGGGAAUAAUAGACGGUCAUUGGGUAUUCCUUGCUAAUUGCCAUUUGUCUUUAAGCUGGAUGCCUACUUUAGACAAGAUGAUAGCAACAAUGAAGUCGUUGAAAAUGCAUAGGAAAUUUCGACUUUGGCUAAGCUCAAGCCCUCACCCUGAAUUUCCAAUAUCAAUACUGCAGACAAGCAUAAAAAUGACUACCGAACCACCACGUGGAAUUAAAGCAAAUAUGAAACGCCUUUACAACAAUGUUAAUGAAGUAAAUAUGGAUUUGUGCAACGAUCCCAUCAAGUAUAAGAAACUCCUUUUUGCACUUUGUUUUUUUCACACUAUCUUACUAGAACGUAAGAAGUUUUUGCAGUUAGGAUGGAAUGUAACUUAUAGUUUUAAUGAUUCCGAUUUUGAAGUAUCAGAAAUAUUACUGUUGUUAUACUUAAAUGAGUACGAAGAAACUCCAUGGGGGGCGCUCAAAUACUUAAUAGCUGGUGUUAAUUAUGGAGGACAUGUGACUGACGAUUGGGAUCGGCGAUUAUUGAUGACCUAUAUAGGCCAAUUUUAUUGUGAGCAAACAUUGCUGACUAGAAAAUUUCGGCUGUCUCCAUUAAUGAACUAUUUUAUUCCCGACGAUGGUGAUAUCCAGUCCUACCUCGACCAAAUUCAAAUGUUUCCCAAUUUUGAUAAACCUGAAGCAUUUGGGCAACAUUCGAAUGCUGACAUAGCCUCACUUAUUGGGGAAACCCAAAUGCUGUUUGACACUCUGCUUUCGAUGCAAGCCCAGUCGACGUUUUCCAGUACAACUGAUAAUGCAGAAACUAAAGUUUCUGAUUUGGCCAAGGAAAUAUUAAUAAGCACACCAGAUGAAAUAAAUUACGAUCAAACCGCAAAACUUAUUGGAAUAGUUCGCACGCCUUUGGAAGUUGUAUUACUCCAGGAAAUUCACCGCUAUAAUAAUUUACUUAAUAAAAUGAGAAGUCAUCUGUUAGAUUUACGAAGGGGAAUACAGGGCUUAGUUGUCAUGAGCACUGAUUUGGAGGAUAUUUAUUUAUCUGUGCUCGAGGGUCGUGUUCCAUUACAAUGGCUUAAGGCUUACCCCUCUCUUAAGCCUUUAGCCGCUUGGACCCGAGAUUUAAUACAGCGUGUGCUGCACUUUAGCACAUGGGCGAAGACUCUGCGGCCACCCACAUUGUUUUGGUUAGCUGCUUACACUUUUCCCACAGGAUUUGUGACAGCUGUUCUGCAAACAUCUGCUCGUCUUACCAAGACUCCAAUCGAUGAGUUAUCAUGGGAAUUUUACGUAUUUGUGGAAGAAGAUGCAGCAGCAGCUCGUAUUCUUCGAGAAGGAGGUGGUGUUUAUAUUAGAAAUUUGUAUUUGGAAGGCGCUGGUUGGCUUCGAAAGAAUCAAUGUCUCCAGGAUCCGCUCCCCAUGGAAUUAAUUUGCCCCUUACCUGUUAUACAUUUUAAACCAGUCGAAAAUCUCAAGAAGCGAUCACGUGGAAUUUACCUGUGUCCUGCAUACUACUAUCCAAUUCGAUCAGGAGCAUUUGUUCUUGCGAUAGAUUUAAAAUCAGGAAAUGAAAAAGUUGAUUAUUGGAUAAAACGUGGUACAGCUGUUUUGCUUAGUUUAGCCACCUAAAUCAUAUAUUGUACAAAUAAAAUAUAUAAAAAUUA